AUGGUUCUGCUGCAGGAUGGAAUGGUUGAGCAUAUUUCAUAUGGUGUUGUUGCUGCAAACAAAAUUUUGGAACAAAGGUUGAAAAUAAUUGGAAAUUUGGAACCAUAUUCUGGAUAUCAAACACAAAGGCUUUUGAAUUUUGUUUGUAAGGGAUUGGUGCAUGUAUUGAAGGAAACUGAAGAUCACAGCCUGCAUAAUUAUGGAGUUUACAUACGAACAACUCAUGGAUUACCAUGUGCUUGUGAGUUGGCAAAGUUGCAGAUAUCUGGUAAUGUUAUCCCUUUAGAUAGCAUUCAUGUUUUCUGGAGAAAGUUAAGUCUUGAGAAUGAAUUGGAGGAUGAAGAAUCUUUAUCAGAUUAUGACUUUUUAGAAGAGUUAAAAGCAAUGAAAGCGUACAUGAAGAAACACGAUAUUGUAAGUCUGAUAUUCAGGGCUAAGGUGCGUGAAGUUGUAUUUUCACAUACAACAUCAAUACUUGCACCGCCAGAGAAGGAGAUAAUAGAUGUUGUGGCUGAUGGAAAUUGUGGAUUUCGCGCAAUUGCAGCAUUGUUAGGUUGGACUGAAGAAUCUUGGCCUUUAAUAAUAGAUGUGGUGGCUGAUGGAAAUUGUGGAUUUCGCGCAAUUGCAGCAUUGUUAGGUUGGACUGAAGAAUCUUGGCCUUUAGUUCGAACACACUUGGAUAAAGAGAUUCGUCUACAUCAAGACCUUUAUGCCAAUGUGUUUGAUGACAGUGUUGAAUCACUGCGAAACUUAUUGAAAAUAUCAUGA